AUGGCAUGUGUAUCCUUUCGAGAGCCAGUAUCGACCACGGUGGGGAAGCGGAUGGUUUUUACAGGCCCAGAUUAUGUAAAGGAUCAUCUCCCUGAAGUUGUUCAGCAUACUUCCUAUAUAGGAGAAAAGCGUCCUGCAUUAGAAAAAACUGGAGAUCUCAGAUAUUUACGGAGGCCUGCCUCAAAGAGAAGCUUGCCGGCCAAAUAUAAACCUGAGUAUGUUGGUGAAAUUGGUUGGGGAAUACCAGCGUAUGAUUUUAUCAACAAAACAAGGCUUCAGACUGGCUUUCACGUUAAGUAUGAAGAGUUCAGUCAAGCUGCUGUUGAGAAACUAAGCCACAGAUACCAGAACCCAUGGCAACCAAAUCCUUCUAUUAUGGAGGCAGAAGGAAGCUUCAGUCGUGGUUUUAUUGCCUGGCAUAUGGGUGAUUACGAGGACACCAAUCAAAGAAACUCCAAACGGGCCGUCCUCCUUCGGCAGAGCCAGGCAGCAUUGCCAAGAGUUUCCAGACCACCUAAGCUGCCAAAGCUACCAAAAGAGCAGGAGGCUGCCCAGAGCUGCGAAGGGUCCGGGGAAGCCGGGCGGGCUCGGGCCGAGCUCGCCGCUGCCACGGAGCCACGCGGGGACGGGCUGAGGACGCCGCACCGACUCCUGCCUUGA